UUGGUAAACAAAUUUUGGACAAUUUUUAAAUCAAACUUAAUUUAUAAAAUGACUGUAUACAAUUUAUAUAUAUUUGAUAAAUCAGGAAUAUUACUUUACUACCAAGAAUGGAACAGAAUCAAGCAAUCAGGAAUGACUAGCGAAGAGGAGGCAAAACUCAUGUAUGGAAUGCUAUUUUCAAUUAAAUCAUUCGUUAGUAAAAUUUCUCCUGUGGACCCUAAGGAAGGUUUCCUAUUUUACAAAACAUCGAAAUACACUUUGCACUUUUUCGAAACACCUUCAGGGCUAAAGUUCGUUCUAAAUACCGAUAUUCACUCACUAGGAGUCAGAGAAAUAUUGCAACAGUUGUACAGUCAAGUAUAUGUAGAAUUUGUCGUGAAGAACCCGCUCUGCAAAUUAGGUCAACCCAUACAAUCAGAGCUGUUUCGAACAAAACUUGAUGCAUUUAUUAAGCAAUUGUCUAUAUACUCGAGUAAAGUAGCUUAAAUUUAUUACAUACCCACAAUUUUAUUAAUCAUUAAGUUCUGUAAAUAAAUU